GUACGUAUUGAGUUCAACUCAACCCGCCUACUUAUGAGUCUCAAGUCUAGAACAGUGAUAGCAGCGACCUUUCAUGGAGUGGCGAUUGCGUGCACUGUGUUGAGGUUAUCAUAUCGGUACUAUGUCGCACGACUGUGGUGGGAAGACAUGUGGGCAGCACUAUCACUGGCUUUCGAUUCGAUCUGCUUUGUCUGUGCCUUGCUUGAUCGGCCAACUGCGGUCAAUUAUGCAAUGCCAGCGGGCAGUCGAAGAGUAUUUUGGCUCGUAUCUAUGGCUUUCCCUUGCGUUCUCUGGUUUGCGAGAGCCAGCAUCCUAUGUUCCCUCAUGCGUGUCGCAAAUCCUGAAGGCAGCCUCAGACACAUCGUUUACGGCACAGGAAUCUUCUUCGUUAUCAUGUGGAUUGGGACCAUAGCCCAAAAAAUCUAUAUCUGCGAACGCUACGCAUGCCGCAUUCCCAAUUUUGUUGCGAUAUCGCAACUCGUUACGGACAUGCUUUCAGAUGGGGUGCUAGUUGUCCUACCGCUUUUGGUGUUCCGUCACAUUCAUCUACCUAAGAACCGAAAGACACUAGUCUUGCUAUCAUUCUCCGCUGCCAUUUUCAUCACAGCUGUGACUAUCCUGCACUCUGCAAUGCUGUUCGGGCCCGAUUCCACAGGCAUCAUUGUUAUCGGACACGUCAAGGUUGCUGUUUCACUCAUUGUUUGCGAUCUCCUCGUCCUGGUGACACUAGUGUAUCGCGUUUGCGGUUUUGGCGAUAUCGAUAUGCCACACAGCAGCGAAACUAUGGUGUUCACCAGCGUUGACUUGGAACAGCUCGGAGCAGAUUGCUCGAUAUGCAAUUCGUUAUCGAAUCCAAUGAGGAACUCCAUGUCGUCCGCAUGGAGAACGACCCCAAAUAAUGUAAUUAAGGAGGACGAGGAUGGUAAUACACCUUCAGCGGGUAAGGACAUAAUGGCGGAGAAAUCGACAUCAACGGAUGCGGAGGUGGUUGUCGAGAGCAUACCUUCCAAUUCCUUUUAUAAUACAUUUCCUUAG